UCCAUUCAUAUUCAUGCUCUCUCUUUCUAUUUACAUGACUAUGUCACUGAACUACUUAGCGAUUUUGCCCGCCUAUCUAUUCUUUUUCCAGUCCUUCCUCGCCGGUGGACUAACGAUUGAUCUUCGGACGGCGCCGGAGAAGUAUCUCCAGUUGAGCGCCGGCGAACCAUUCAAGAUCGCUCUUUUCGCUGACCUGCAUUUUGGAGAAGACGCUUGGACUGAUUGGGGUCCUCAGCAAGAUGUGAAUUCCUUGAACGUCAUGUCUACAAUCCUCGACAAAGAAAACCCAGACUUUGUUAUCUAUCUUGGAGAUGUAAUCACAGCUAAUAACAUACCAAUUGCAAAUGCAACCUCGUACUGGGAUCAAGCAAUAUCUCCUACAAGGAACCGUGGAAUUCCAUGGGCGUCUGUUUUUGGAAACCAUGAUGAUGCCCAAUUUGAAUGGCCAUUAGAUUGGUUCUCUGUCUCUGGAAUUCCAACCAUUCAUUGUAAUUCCUCAUCUUCUUCAUCAGAUGACCAAGAUUGCAGCUUUGGAGGAACAGGGCGUUUGGAGCUAAUGAAGAAUGAGAUUGCGAGAAACAAGCUAUCAUAUUCGAUGAAUGGUCCCAAAUCACUUUGGCCGAGUGUAUCCAACUAUGUCAUUCAACUUUCAUCAUCAAACGAUUCAAAAUUGCCUGUUGCGAUUUUGUACUUUUUGGAUUCGGGUGGUGGUUCCUAUCCCGAGGUUAUAUCUAAUGCACAGGUCGAUUGGUUCAAACAGAAAUCCAUGGAGAUUAAUCCUGAUUGCAGGAUUCCUGAGAUAAUCUUCUGGCACAUACCAAGUAAAGCCUAUAGAAGUGUUGCUCCAAUGUUUCUACCAAUAUCGUAUUGUGUUGGUUCAAUCAAUAAGGAACAAGUUGCUACUCAAGAAGCUGAAAAUGGCAUUAUGAAACUCAUAGAAAAAAGAAGUUCUGUCAAGGCAGUGUUUGUAGGACAUAACCAUGGAUUGGAUUGGUGUUGCCCCCAUAAGAAUUUAUGGCUUUGCUUUGCGAGGCACACUGGCUAUGGUGGAUACGGGAAUUGGGAUCGAGGAGCAAGAAUCUUGGAGAUCAUCGAGCAUCCAUUUUCUCUAACGUCGUGGAUAACGAUGGAAGAUGGUAAGUCAGAAAGUCAGGUCAUCUUGAGCCCGUAAAUCAUA